UUUAUAAUCAGUAUCAUUGAUCUUUGCCCUUCUACCUUUGUCUAUUUCCCUUUACUUCUUUCAAAUCAUUAAAUGAGAAUUGUGAUUCAUUUGCUCAAUUCAAUUCAAUUCAAUUAAAUAAUACAUUUAAAUACGCAAUAUAUAUAACAACAAAAACAACAGCAGCAAGAACAGCAAGAACAAUCAUAAAGAUGUCUGUAACAGAGACCAAGAAUUUUGUAGCAGACUUUACAAAAUCAGAGUCUCGCAAGGCACCCUUUCCAAAGGACCAGAUGCCACCGCUCUUUGACACACCGACUACAAUCCACAAUUGGUACAAACGUGUUCGUUGGGUCUAUGCAAUCAUCUUGUCAGUGUUCCCAUUCAUAUCCAUCUAUGGAGCCCUCACUACCGAGUUGCACACAAAGACUCUUAUACUAGGCGUUGUUACAUAUUUUCUUACGGCAUUGGGUGUAACAGCAGGAUACCAUCGGAUGUGGGCUCAUAGAGCUUAUCAGGCAACACCACUUUUGAAGUUAAUAUAUGCUGUAUGUGGCGGGGCUUCUUCUCAAGGAUCUAUAUAUUGGUGGGUCAGGGAUCAUCGUUCUCACCACAGAUGGACUGACACCGAUAAGGACCCUUAUAGUGCCCAGCGCGGUUUCUUUUACUCACAUAUUGGCUGGCUUUAUGUUGAUCGUGGCAAGGGAAAGACUGGAUUUGCAGACAUAGCAGACCUGAAAUCAGACAAAUUGAUAAUGUUCCAAAACAAAUACUAUGCCCUUUUUGCGAUUGUUUUUGGUUUUGUGGUUCCUACUCUAAUUGCAGGCUAUGGCUGGAAUGAUUUUAGGGGUGGCUUCUUCUAUGCUUCUGUUGCUCGUACAACAUUAUUGCAUCAUGCCACAUUCUGUGUAAAUAGUCUUGCACACUACCUCGGAGAUGACACCUUUGACGAUCACCACUCGCCCAGAGAUUCCUGGAUCACAGCUUUGGUGACAAUGGGUGAAGGGUACCAUAAUUUCCACCACCAGUUCCCCCAGGACUAUCGCAAUGCAAUUGUGUUUUAUCAGUACGAUCCAACCAAGUGGCUAAUCAAGUUUUUGGAGUUUAUCGGAAUGGCCUAUGAUCUCAAGACAUUCCCAACUAAUGAGAUCGCCAAAGGACGAUUCCAGAUGCAGGAGAAGCGGAUUGAGGAGCUGAGACGAGAUAUCAAGUUUCCCCGACCCAUCAAGCAUCUGCCGGUCUACACCUGGAAAGAAUUCCAAUCCAAGGUCCAGGAUGACAAAGAAGCGUGGAUCUUGAUUGAGGGAGUUCUGUAUGAUAUCAAGGGAUUUGCUCACCCAGGUGGAGAGAAGUACAUCCAGGCGUCAGUGGGCAAGGACGUGACAAGUUCGUUCAACGGUGGAGUCUACAGUCACUCGAAUGGUGCCAGAAAUGUAUUGUCGAUGAUGCGCGUGGGAGUUCUGUUGAAUGGCAUGGAAGUGAUGUCCAAUAUCGAAGCAGAGGUCGAUGAACUGGUUCUGGGCAAAUCCAACAAAAAGGAUUUGUGAGAGCCUACCAAAAAAAAAUGUGUAUAUUCUUUUUCACUAUUAUACUUUAAUUUGUUUAUUCUUCUUUUUUAUCUAUUCAAUCAUCCAUUCAUUCAUUUGACCAAUCAUUAUAUUUUUUGCCCUUUAUUUCUUUUUCUUUUUAUUACCACCAUUAUAACAAACCAAAAUAAUCAUUACACACUCACACUUCUUCUUCUACUACUACUUCUUCUACUUCUUCUACAUUACAAUAAAGAUUAAAGAUAAUAUUGAUGGUUUUCUAAAGAAGAAACUGAAAU